AUGGAACCAGCACAAAAGCCAAUUGCCAACAGUAAGCCAGAAUUAUUCCCAGACACUGUUACCACUUAUCAUGGAAGUUGUCAUUGUGGAGCUGUAAAGUAUGAAGUUGAUUUGGAUUUAAAUCGUACUAAAUUGGGUAAAUGUAAUUGUUCGAUUUGUUCAAAGAUUAGAAUCCUUGGAACUAUUGUCAAGCCAGAUUGUUUUAGAAUCAUCCAAGGAAAGGAUAAUUUGACCGACUAUCAAUUUGGCACCAAGUCCAGCCACCAUACUUUCUGUAAGACCUGUGGUGUACAUCCAUUUGGUGAAGGUUUUAUCGAACAAAUUGGUGGUGCCUAUGUCGGUAUUGCCAUCAACUGUUUGGAUGACGUCACCGAAGAACAAAAAGAUUCAAUGUUUGUCUCCUAUUGCAACGAUGUGCUUUCCCUCAGUCUCUUUCAUAGCUUCGGUAAUAGAAUCGGUCAGUCGGUCUGA